ACUGUUUAUCUACUAUCGUUAUCUUUUAGUCUAUGAUUUAAACUGACUCGUUCUUUUUGUUUAUAUCAACAUUUAAACCGAUUAAACUAUGCAACAGCGUUGAGAUGACAAAGAGCAUGACGUCCAAACUUCAACGUAUGCUUGAUUUAUUAUAAUUGAAAGACAAAGUAUCGCUAUUAUAGAUUUAGACGUACAUAAUUGAAAAAUAAUGUACAGAUAAAUAUCUAAUGACUCGGAUUGUUGAUAUUCCACCAUGGAGAAUAUUAUGCGGUCCAUGCAAGAAUGUAAUUCCAUCCGUUACUCAUCUUACAGAAUUGCUGUGAAGAUGCAAAUAUUACAUAGAGAACUUAACAUGCGAUAUGUACAACUGGAGAUAAUAGCAGGAGUUUUUGAACGUCACAGACUUUCAAUCACGGAGAAUUGUGUUAAUUUGGAUUCAAGCGAAAUCGAGGAUGUCUUGUUCGACAUCUACUUUGCAGCUCAGAAAGAAAGUAAUUCUAAUUUUGAUGUUAAUGCUGCAACAAAGCUUGCCACAAGCUAUAUUCUGAAUACUUUUAACAAACAACAGACUGGAAAUAUUUUAGUAUUUUCUGUAAAAGUUGCAUUGGUAUUAUUGUGCAGUGGUAAACUACAAGAAAAGUAUGGAUAUUUGUAUCAACAGCUCGCUGAUCAUAAUGCAUGUCUGUCCCGAGCUGGUCUAUACACUUUAUUAACAAAUAUUUGCAAAAUAACAGAAUCGCUCGGAGAAGAUGUAACGUACGGAUGCAAGCAAAUACAGUCGCACAUAGAUGCCUGUUUCGUAAAGUCACAAGGUAGCCUCGGAAUCACUGAAGCGGAGUUUGCCGCGUGGAUCAUGCAAGAGCCCCCUCUCCUCACUUGGAUAACAACAUUCAACCGGAUAAAAUCUGCGGAACACAUUGUACACAAUCUCAAAUGCUCUUCGUGUAAAAUAACGCCGAUACGAGGUCCAAGGUACACGUGUUUGAGAUGCGCGGGGUACCAUCAGUGUCAGGAAUGUUUUCUCUUGGGCAAAACGUCGAACAAGCACAAGUUGAAGCAUCCAAUCCGUGAAUUUUGUGUGAAGUCUUCGCAUCGUGAAAUUACCAAGUUGAUCAUCGAAUUGAUCAGGAAUAAGUUGAGACUGUGCUCUACCGGAACGGUCAUGCUAGAGGAACCGGUUGCAGAUGCCGUUAGCGACGACACGAGACGCACGGAUUACGGUUCGUUGAGGAGCACAAUUAGGCGAAAGAUUCUCAGCGACCCACAAAGGGAAUUACAAAGUAUCAUCACGCACUUGGAGGAGGAAAACCGGCAAUUGCAAAUCGAACUGGUAGACAUACGAGGCUCGAAAGCGGAAAGGCUGCAUCGCCACAGGGCGACAAUCGAGUCUCAAUUACAGCGACUGAAGCUGCUUAAAAAGUAUCUAUUCAUCGAUCAAGCGCCGCCGAUUCUCACCCGUAUGCAAAGCACCCCGAUGUUGCCCGUGUCUUCUAGGCUCGCGGCGUUGCCGCUAGAAUUCGAGUUGAGCCCAAUUAUCAGGCAAGAAAACGUGAAUCAGCAAGGAGCCAGGCUGCGAUACAGGAAAGACAAACUGGCACCGAGUAGCUUUAACGUGUCGUCAUGUGUGGAGCAUGUAGGAGAGGAAGAUAACACGAAUGCUCUUCCUUGCAUCGAGGAGGCCUCUAUCAGUGCCGGGUUUGGCAAUAUGACGGAAAGCAAUCGCAUAGAAUUGAGCACUUGGAUCGGAGGAACACGGAAGAGGGAAUUGAGUCCAGCUAACAGCGGCUUCUCCCAAUGGCUGGCCGCUGGCAAUAUAGACUGUAAAGAGGAUAACUGUGCAAUCAACGUAAUUAGCAAUGCAGACGUGGACUCGUCGCUGAUAACGUCUCAGUCUCCUACUGGUAGGGACAAUACGCCGUCCUCUCUACAGCGUCCUGGCAAACACUCGCAGCACAGUAGUCUGCAAAAUAUUCAAGGAGAUCUCAAUGAUAUAUUAGACAGAUUGCAAAAUAUGGUCGCUAACGAUUGCUUGCUCGACGAAUCGUACGACGGUAAUGACAAUUGUAAACUGAAACGUGCCACUAUGGAAAUGGAGGAUUUAUUAACCGGCCUUAUAGAGGGUAUGGAAUCUCGUAAAAGUAAACUUACUACAAUCGUUUGAAGACUGUUUUAAAUGUGGACAUUUAGACACGUUCUACAUUUAAAAUUCUUUAGAUUAUUUUUACUCUUUGUUUCCUCUCCUGACUAAUUUUAAUGUAAUAAUUUUAUUUAUUUUUAAUCCUUCGAUCGACUUGAUUUUUAAUCUGCAUAUAAAUAUGUCAUUUUAUAAUUAUUUUGUGGUAUUCGGUAUUUUGAUAAAUAUUAUACUUUAUUCGAAAAAGGCAUAUCAUGUAAAGAUAUAUAAUGUAAAUUAAUUAUAAGCAUAAGCAAUAUUUGAUAUAAAAAUUUUUCGUAAUUAUUAGAUAGUAUAAACGUAUAAACGCGCGCUAAUGAGCCACAUAGUUAGCACUGCACAGCAUUGCGAAAUGUAAUGCCCAACACAUUGUACGUCAGUCUCACAGACUUUUAUUAUAAAAGUCUAUGGUCAAUCUUAUCGCCAUUCCGCAAUCGUUUGGCGAGAUUUAUUAUACUUAUCGCUGUUCGCAAUUUUUUUUCAUUGAAUGGUAUCUGUUAUAAUUUCUAUUGCGUUUUGAAUUCCAUAUUAUACAUGCUAGAAAUAUUAAUGACAAUUUAUAAUAAUUAUAUUAAUAGUUAAAUAUUAUUGUUUGUGAUUCUCGGCACUCGCGCUUCGAAAGACUAAAAGUUUACCGGCGUACAGUAUGUUAAGAUUAUUUUAUAUAUACAUGCACGUACACACAUAAUCUGUACAAUAAUAAACGAAAUUAUUUUGAAAAAUUUUUAUUAAUAAAAAAAAGAUGUAUUUUAUAACUGUCAAUAUAAAAAAAGUUUAGAUAAAUUGAUAAAUUUUAUAUAAUUACCAAACUUCAAUUGUACCUAAAAACUCUUAAGAAUUAUGCUUAAAAUUACACUUAAAAUAUUACAAUACUAUGAUACGCAAAGCUACUGAGGUGGGGGUUUCUGUCCCACUAAUUCGUUGAUAUAAAAAUGGAAAUGAGAUGUCGGAAUGCUCUGUAUAGACUUAUUACACUAGUAUCGGAAUUCAGAUUCAAUCAAUUGACUCUAAUACUUCCGUACGGCUCAGCGGACUACCGAUGACUGAGAUCUUAUCGUCAGAUGAUCGCUAUUACAUAGAUUACAUAGAUAGAUACAUCGAAUAGAUCGAACACUACACUACAUACAAGCUUCUUUUAAGCAUUUUAAAUGCAUCGAAUGUUUUCUGCUCGUUGAUUCAUGAAUACAUAUCCACGUUUGUAUAAGCUUAUUAUAUUCCUGUCAAAGUAUAAUAAAUUUAUUUUCAAGU